AUGCAGAAAGAUGUUACGCGUCUUACACGAGAGUUACGGGACGCUCGCGAGGUCAUACAUCGGUCCCGAAGAGAGUAUGUCUUUGCUCUCCAAUCCGCGAUACGAAUACCGCUGCAUGAUAACAAUGCCCUUGAUGUGAUGCAUGUCAAGCUACAUGGCGGAGAUAUGCACAAGCACAGAAUCUGUCAACUAAUGAGUGAAGCCCGAGCGAAUCAGCCAAGUUUGCCAACGCUUCAAAGGUUGGUAUGGAUUAGAUCAAAAAACUCGUCAUGA